UUUCAAAUAUGGAAAACUUAAAGGACUCUGACCGAAAAAUCUGGACAAAUCAUUAUCUAAAGGCAUAAAUAUUCAGAAAUAAAGCAGGCAUCAGUUUUAUGUCAUAACUCAUCUCAUGCAGCUUUUGAGAGAAAGAAAAUUCAUGGAACAAUCUUCCAAAAUGAUAGCUAACUUAUAUGAAAUCUCUAAUUUUUCUAUAUACAAGGAUUUGUGUUUCACCAAAGCUUGCCUUUAGCCUUCUGGAAUGCCAGAUUGCUUUCUAGCUAAAAAUAGACUUAAUAAAAGAGUUGAUAAGGUUUUUAUGAUUGUCAAAGUUUGCAAAACAUCUAGAGUAAAAGAUUUCAAUAAAAUCUUCCUAAAAAGCUCACUUACAACUAGGAUGCUGCUAUGAAUUCUCAGAGACCUCUGAAUGUUAUUUUUAACUAGUUCAAGACUACUGAGCUCUUCUUAUGCUUAUUAUAAGCAAAAUCUAACAAAAAGAUUAUCAAACUUAUGGGAUGUGAGAAAGCCAAAGUUUAGACAAAUCAUAUAACUUGGCAUUCAGUGUAAUCUGAGUUGGCUUAGCAGUUGUCCUUCAUGGUACUUGGCCAGAUUUGAAAUCUCAAAGAGUUGACAAAGCCAAACGAGUCUAUCAAAAGAAAAGGCAACAUUUGAAUAAAAGAUGAUAGU